GUCAUCCAUCAUUGGCAGAGUCAAAAUGUCAAAGUAUCCGGGGUCGAUGACAUGGUACUACUUCCUAAGAUCACCGAGGAUGCUAUCAUGGAUAAUUUACGCAAGAGAUAUAUGGAUGACUACAUAUACACUUGCAUCGGGCCUGUCUUGGUUUCUAUUAAUCCAUUUAAACAAAUGCCGUACUUUGGCGAGAAGGAAGUUCAAAUAUAUCAAGGAGCUGCCCCGUAUGAAAAUCCACCGCAUAUAUACGGGUUGGCAGAUGAAAUGUACCGCAACAUGUUGAUAGACGUCGAGAGUCAAUGCGUCAUCAUAAGUGGUGAGUCAGGCGCCGGCAAGACGGUAGCUGCUAAGUACAUAAUGGCUUAUGUAUCGAGGGUCAGCGGCGGCGGGGAUCGUGUACAGAGAAUUAAGGAUAUUAUCUUGGAAUCCAAUCCUCUGCUCGAGGCGUUUGGUAACGCCAAGACUAUUAGGAAUAACAAUAGUAGUCGAUUUGGAAAGUAUGUAGAGAUGCAAUUUGGAGAUGGUGGACAGCCUAUCGGCGGUAAAAUAUCAAACUUCCUGCUCGAAAAAUCACGGGUUGUCAAGCAUAAUGGCGGUGAGAGAAGCUUCCAUGUGUUUUAUCAACUGACAGCUGGAGCAAAUGAGCAGAUGAAAUCGGAAUUCGGCUUGAGAAACGAACUCGACGACUGUGAUUAUUUAAUGAAUUGGGACGGUAAUAUUUGCCGUAUGGGUGAUCGAGGAAGUAGCAGUGAUGCCAAAGAUUUUCAAGAAACUUUGAAAGCUUUGAGCGUUAUGGACAUCAAAGAGACCGAAGUAUCUAAUAUACUACGUCUGGUAGCCGGGAUUCUUCACAUAGGGACAAUUAAAUUCCGAGAAAACGGAAAUUACUCCCAAAUUGCAGAUCCAAGAGGCAAGAAAUUUAUACUGCAUAUUAAAACUAUUAAUAGUUUAAUGCUAAGAUUGCCGGCAUAUUUGUUGGGUAUAUCAGCAGAAAAAUUGUCCCAUAAAUUGAUAUCACGUGGAUUUGAGUCGAAAUGGGGCAGUCAGUCUGAGUCUGUAGAUGUAACUCUCAAUGUCGCUCAAGCACUUUAUACCCGCGAUGCUUUAGCCAAGGACAUAUACGCUCGACUCUUUGAUUAUCUAGUUAAACGAGUGAAUUCGGCAAUGAUGACAACUGGCGAUGCAUUUGAAAUAGCAAUCCUUGAUAUUUACGGAUUCGAAAUAUUCGAGACAAAUGGCUUUGAGCAAUUUUGUAUAAACUUUGUCAAUGAAAAGUUACAACAAAUAUUUAUCGAGCUGACCUUGAAAGCUGAGCAGGAGGAGUAUGUCGCAGAAAAUAUUAAAUGGACACCGAUAGAUUACUUUAAUAAUGCUGUUGUUGUUGAGCUACUGGAAGGUAAACGACCUCCCGGUAUUUUCCUAGUCCUUGACGACGUUUGCGCAACUCUUCAUGGUGGUAGUGAUGCUGCUGACGGGGAUUUACAAAAAAAAUUAUCCGUUGUUGCCAGUAGUCACGCUCAUUUCCACGCUAACGGCGAUGGUUUUGCAAUCUUGCACUACGCUGGCCAAGUUAUUUACUCAGUUGACGGAUUUUGUGACAAAAACCGGGAUGUUUUGUUUACUGACCUGAUAGAUCUCAUGCGUACCAGUACUAAUAGUUUGGUACAACUAUUGUAUCCACCGGAAGAGGAAUUAACUAUCAAUAGUAAGACUAAAACACUUAAAUCGAGACCAACUACAGCGGGCAGUAAAAUUCGCAAUCAAGCGAGUCGGCUGGUUGCUCAGUUGAUCAAGUGUACGCCUCACUACAUCCGGUGUAUUAAACCGAACGAGACUAAAAAACCACGUGAUUGGGAUGCGCUUAGAGUAAAACAUCAAGUUGAGUACUUGGGCUUGAAAGAAAAUAUACGUGUAAGAAGAGCUGGAUUUGCUUAUAGACGUCCGUUUGCUAAAUUUUUACACAGGUACGCUAUCCUUACGCCUCAAACUUGGCCAUACUGGAGAGGAGAUGAAAAACGUGGUAUCCAAUGGAUCAUGUCCAGCAUUCAGAUUGACGAGACACAGUACCAGCUUGGUAAAACAAAAGUUUUUGUUAAAGCUCCAGAAAGUUUAUUCAUGCUCGAGGAGGCUCGAGAUCGUAAGUACAAUUAUUACGCCCGUGUAAUUCAAAAAGCAUUUAAAAAAUAUUUUGCUCGUAAACGGCAAGAAGCUGAAAAGCAAGCGGCUACUGAUUUAUUGUACGGACACAAACAACGUAGACGCGCGAGUCUAGAAAGAAACUUUGUUGGAGAUUAUAUUGGUCUGGAUAGUAGACCAGGUAUUAAAAAUCUUCUGGGUCGUCGGGAUAAAAUAUUUUUCGCAGAAGUUGUUAAAAAAUAUGAUCGACGUUUCAAAAUGUGCCGUAGAGAUUUAGUACUUACUGGUAAUUGUUUGUAUUUAAUUGGCCGAGCAGAAAAAAGUAAAAAAGAUCCAGGAGCAAGAAGACAACGAUUGAGUGAGGAAGUCAUCAAGCGAAAGCUUACCUUUGAUCAAAUAAGUCACGUGUCACUAAGCACGCUGCAAGAUGAUUUUAUAAUAAUUCAUGCAAAAGAAGACUACGCUAGUUUAUUGCAGCUUAUGUUUAAAACGGAAUUUUUGUCUGCAUUUAGUAAAAAAUACUUUGAACAACUGGGUCACGCUUUGAACAUUAGAUUCAGCAAUAACUUAGAGUUUAAAGUUAAAAAGGAAGGAUGGGGUGGUGGAGGAACGCGACAAGUUAAAUUUUCAAUGACCGGUUACGGCGACGAAGAGACGUUAAAGAUAAACGGAAAAAUCCUGAAUGUUAUUAUCGGUCCCGGUAUGCCAUCAACAUCGAGACCAUCGCGUUUAUCUGGCACCAGAACAACUGGCACACGUUCAUUCAAUAAUAAUAAUAAUAAUAAUAAUAACAGUAAUAAGUCGAUUAAUCAAAGCAAUAGUAAUGCUUAUCGACCUACUGUUGGAGGAGUAACAUCGAGCAAUAUUUACGAUAACACCGAUACAAUAGGAAGUAGACCGCCCAUCCCAUCAUCAACUCCCCGUGCGUCACCAGCUGCUGCUGGUGCACCAGUUAAUACUCCCGUUAUUUCCUCGGGCUUACGACCCGCACUGCCUCCAAAUCGACCAAAUAUCCGGCCUGUGCCGCAACAUAAUCACAUUAACAACGGUAAAGUCCCCGCUCUAAACAAAUUACCACCUAGACCACCUCCAGUAUCACAUUUACCUAAAGUAAAAGCUCUCUAUGACUACCAGCCUCAAGAUUUGGAUGAACUAGGUCUCAAAGAAGGUGACAUUGUUGAGGUUUUGAUGGAACACGAAGGUGGUUGGUGGCACGGAAAAUUAAAAGGAAAAACUGGACUGUUUCCUUCAAAUUAUGUUGAAAAAAUAUAA